AGCGGCCGGGCGGAGCGGUAAGAGCCCGCCCGGGGGCCGAGGCCGUUAGUGCCCCGGGCCGGGACUCCCGCCGUGGGGGCGCGGGCCUGGCGCGAGCCGCGUGUGCCAUAGAAGGCCUGUUCCGACACCAUGUCUAUACCAUUCUCAAACACCCAUCACCGCAUUCCGCCGGGAUUUGCAAAUCUGCUAGAAGGACUAGCCAGAGAAGUUUUGAGGGAGCAGCCUGAAGAUAUACCAGCCUUUGCAGCCAACUAUUUUGAAGAGCUGCUGGAUAAAAGAGAAAAAACCAAGUUUGACCCAGCAGAAUGGGGGUCUAAACUGGACGACAGGUUCUACAACAACAAAGCUUUUGAGGAGGCUGUAUCUUUGCAAGAAGAGGUGAAGGAGUCGAUGAAAGAUUCAUCCAUGGAGCCCGAGCUUGACAAACACAGCCUCUUUGAAACAACCACCCAUGAAAUAGAAGAUAAAGCUGCCACAAAAAUCCAGGCUGUCUACAGGGGAUACAGGGUAAGAGAGACAGUGAGGAGACUGAAAGAACUAGGUCAGGAUGCAACGAAUCCCACGGAAGAAAUCUAAUGCCGUUAGACCUGCCAGUGUCACGAUUUCCAGACCAGAUGCAGGUGAAUGAAUGGCUUGUUUGUCAGUAUUGACAGUAGGUUUAUUUUUGUUUAAUAAACAUCACAUAUUCAAAAUG